CGAUAACUGCCUCCCCCGUAACGCUUCAUCGGUGUAGGGCGGCCGCUCCGCAGACAUGUCCAUCGGGGUGCCCAUCAAAGUGCUGCACGAGGCCGAGGGCCACAUCGUGACGUGCGAGACCAACACCGGGGAGGUUUAUCGGGGCAAGCUCAUCGAGGCCGAGGACAACAUGAACUGCCAGAUGUCCAACAUAACCGUGACGUACAGGGAUGGCCGCGUGGCCCAGCUGGAGCAGGUGUACAUCAGAGGCAGCAAGAUACGGUUCCUCAUUUUACCAGACAUGCUGAAGAACGCUCCUAUGCUGAAGAGUAUGAAGAAUAAGAACCAGGGCUCUGGGGCUGGGCGAGGAAAAGCAGCUAUUCUCAAAGCUCAAGUGGCUGCGAGAGGAAGAGGCCGUGGGAUGGGCCGUGGCAACAUUUUCCAGAAGCGAAGAUAAUUUUGGUCUUGACCGACAGGCUUAUAUAUUUUUUUUUUUUUAUUAGGGAGUGUUAACUUGACUACAUGUGCAUCAGUAUAAUUUUUUUUUAAUAAAUAUUUCUGACAAGAAGUGUAUGCUCUUACAUGGCAAAUCCUCUUGGACACAUCCAAAUUCUGGCUGCUUUUUGUAGCUGAGAAUUACACUGUAGGUCGUUGCAAGACUUAAAGCUGCUUUGUCUGGAAAAUAGAGGACUUGGUACUUAGGUUUGACUUCACUGUAUCUUUUUGUAUGAUGGGUUGAGUUUUAAAAAAUCAUAUCCUUUUUCUUGCUAAAUCCUAUUAAGGCUCACCCUUUGAAGAAAAAUGAGACCUUUUUGAGCUAAGCAGAGGCAGCUGUCUGAGAAGCAAAGCACUAUUUUCUUUUGCUUUGUAUGUUGAGCAGUACACUGACAUUUUGCCUGUAUUUCUUUUUUUUUUUUUUUCCUCACUCUUUGGGAAAUGUUUUUCACUAAUGUGUGCAUAACUUAAAUAUUUGAUAUACAGGCCUAGCCUGAGGCUUCAAAUUCUAAUCCUUUUGGUAAUUCGUGUGUUUUCCCCCUGACUCUACAUGGAGAGAUAACUUCAUUGACAGAAUAUAAAAUACAGGGGGGGUUUGUCCUUCCUUUUUUGUAGGAGAAAUUUGAAAUGUUUUGGGAAUUCUAAACCUAGUGAGGGUAACCAUUAAAUAUGAUUCUGUAUGAAAACCAAUCUUUUGUAUGAGACCCAGGACUAAUCCUAGCUUCAGUCUUAACACUCAUGCAUCAUCAUAAAGAUCAUGAGGUCACCUGCAGGAAACCAAAUUUCAUUAAAGCUUUAGGUUAUUUUGCUGGAAAUAUGUGGUGGUUCUCAUUGCUUACUUAAAUGACUGAAAAGUUUAAAUCAACACUCGUGUACCUAAUUUCCUACUUAAAUGAUGAAUUAUCAGUCUGUGCAUGUGUUGGCUGUCUGUUCUUACCCUCCUGCUCUGGUACUGUGAAGACUUUCCCGUUUGUGCAGACAUUGAAGUUCGGUUAAUGCAUCAACUUGC